UGAAAGGAACUUUCCUCAGAAAAGCUCUUUGAUUCCCCGCAAACUAAAACCUCUGCACAGAUCUGAAAUCUGUUCAUCUAAUCUCCUCAACCAAAACCCUAUACAUGUUAUUCAGCAAGCACUACGCUAAAACCCUAAAAAUCUUACUAAUCAAUUCCAAAAAUCCAAUCUUUAAAACCUUUCUGAAACAGCUCGAAAUAAAGCCUCCACCUUUCACAUACACCCAAACCCACAACUAUGUAAAUGUCUACAUGAAAUGGAAGCAAGACUUCUACUUUGAUUCAAUCGACCACAUCCACAACUCCAUGCACCUCAAACCCAUCAUUGCUUUGAAGAAUGUUGUCGUCCAAGAGCCCUCUGCUUCUAUCCCAAUCUCUGCUAUAUCAAAGAGAGGACUUGAGUUUGAUAUACAUGUUAAAGUUGCGAGGUUUUUGAGACAAUACCCAUCAAUUUUUGAAGAGUUCACUGGGCCUAUGCAUAAUUUGCCUUGGUUUAGGUUGACCCAAGAAGCUGUUGAGACUGAUAGAGAGGAGAGAAUUGUUUAUGAGGAAUGUAGAGAGGAGUUGAGAGAGAGGUUGAGGAGGUUUGUUUUGAUGAGUAAAGAUAAAGUUUUGCCUUUGAAGAUUGUUAAAGGAAUGGAGUGGUAUUUGGGGUUGCCUAGUGACUUUUUGGAGCAGCCAGAAGUGAAUCUUGAUGGUUCUUUUAGGUUUGUUGAUAUGGAAGAUGGAUUAAAGGGGUUAGCUGUUGAGAGUGAGGGUAGAAAAGUGUUGUCUGUGUUGCAAAGAAAUGCUAUGAAGCAAGGAGUUUCUUUUGGAGAACCAAUGGAGGCUAUUGAGUUUCCUCUUUUUCCUUCAAAGGGUUUGAGGUUGAGGAGAAAGGUUGAGGAUUGGAUUAAGGAGUUUCAAAAUGUUCCUUAUGUAUCACCAUAUGAGGAUUAUUCACAUUUGGAUCCUACUAGUGAUGUAGCAGAGAAAAGAGUUGUGGGCUUCCUUCAUGAACUGCUUAGUCUCUUUGUAGAGCAUUCUGCAGAGAGGAGGAAACUUUUGUGUCUUAAGAAGUAUUUUGGUUUGCCACAAAAGGUUCACAGGGCGUUUGAGAGGCAUCCCCACAUUUUUUGUUUGUCAUUUAGGAACAAAACUUGUACUGCUAUUCUUAAAGAGGCUUUCCGGGACAAGUAUGCUAUAGAAGAACAUCCGCUGUUGAAGGUGAGGAAAAAGUAUAUUAAGUUGAUGAAGAAGUCGGAUGUGAUUCUGAGGAAUAGGAGGUCGAACAAUCGGUUUGUUGAUAGGGGGGAUCUGGAGAAGGAGAAGGAAUUGGAUUCGAAUUACGAGGAUGAAGACGGAGGAGCGAUGGCCUAAUAGAAGUGUGUCAGAACUUCUCAAAUAGGACUAAUCAGGGCUGAAAGUUGAUUGAUAAGCUUUUCAGUGGCUGGUUUUGCCUGAGGUGAUGGUGGCAAAUGACAGCCAUUGCUUCAUUUGGGCACAUCUUUGGUGCUAGAGCUGCCGGGACUUUACUGUUGGAAACAAGUUCUGUAUCUGUAAAUCAUCUAAAUUACAGAGGAAGUAGUGUUGCAUUUUGAGGGUGCAAAAACCAGGCAACUGUCUGAAAGUUCCCUGCAAUAUUGAAUGUUUUCCGAUUAUCAUUCAGUCUGAGAGAGGUAUAGACCAUUCUUAAGAAUUCGCCAAGGAUGACACUAGGAAACUUGAUGUUAAAUUACUGUUGAGGAUUCUUCUUGUAGCUGCAAUGAAAGCUGUGGUUUACCUCAGAUAAAGUGGGAUCUUCUUUGAUGUAUGAGUCUGUAAUAUUCUACUGGACUAUCCACCCAAUAUGAGAUUCAUGUGAAAGAAUUAGUUUAGAGUUGGGGUGACAGAGUGUUAAUGAUACCGGGAAGCUGGUGGGGAAAAUGAUCAAGGCCUUGAAGAAAAGUUCAUUGCUAUAAUUUCAUAAGCAAUGUUUAAUGGGUGGAUGAGUUAUUAGUGUGAAAUUAUAGCCAUUGUGUUCAAAAUGUAAUAAGAUUCCGUUUCUGAGAAGUGAAUGAUCAUCUGAAUGAAGUUUUUAU